UAGAAACCUAACUUUUCGUGAGAAAUGAAAUCGAAACUUGCUCCCAUCUCUGUUGGCCCCCUGUUUCUUCUUACGCACAAGUCAGGCUUUGGAUUUUCCCUUUUCUUUCCUGGUGCAAUCGUUGAUAGUCCCGUUUUUGCAGCAUUUAUAAAGCGAGCGACCAAACGGGACUUUACUUACUCUGGAAACUGCGGAAAGAUCCUCACUCGUCCAAAGCAGGAAAACUCGUCCUUCGCGCUGGAAAACGCUUUGCUGUUUGACAAAUUAAGGAAUCAGACAGUUUAACAAUUUUUAAUCUGCAAUAGUUUAACAGUUUUUUUUAACCUACAACCAGUGCUUGCUUCAUGACUGAAGUUCUGAUCUCUGGGAAAGCUACAGGAGCAAAUAUUCCCUCUGUUUUCACCGCUGCCGCUUUGAUUUCAGCUGCUGUAGGUGCUCUCAGUGUGCAAUUGGCCUGCCCUGAUUUUCCAUCAGGGUCUGCUGUUUGUGCUAAAGGACGCACGCUCAUACAGAAGCUGCACAGCCAGCUGCACCGGCCCCCUUCACGCUCAACCCCUGCGCUAUGAGCAGAGGUAGAGGAGGGCCUUCCAAAGAACACUAUCACAGGCAUCCACCACCGGACCUCCAGAGCAAGGAGAAUUACCACAGUCCUGGUCAAGCCUCAUAUUACCCUAGACCUGGCCCGCAGCAGCCCCAAUAUUCAAAUUACUACCACAACCCUGCCCGUCCCGCAGUGUCCCUUCAGCCCCCAGUUCCUUCUCUCAUUCCCUCUGCCCCACCCAUACCGAACCACAAUAACGUGGCCCCUAAAUCAGUGGCCCAUCACAGCUCACAGAACCACGGCCCGAUUCCUGGUCCCAAUUCCUUUCAGUACCAACAGAUAGAGUUCCUAAGAGGGCAGAACUUAGAGGCGCCACAGUUUAGAGCCAGCCCACAUAGAGCUGGAGGGGGAGGGGGAGUGGUAUCUGGAAGGUGGCCUAGUUCCUCAUACCAGCCCCAGUCAGGUUAUAGUAGAUAUCCAAACCUUAACAGCAGCCCAAGGGGUAGAGGGGAGCACAAUCAGGACCAGAGUUUUGGAUACCCACCCAAUGCAAGAGCCCCGCGAGGUACCCCUUCCCCUCGGCACCUGAAUCAAAACCAGUUACAAGGUCAAAACCACAGCCAGUACUCCAACAGACAAUGGGGCGUCCAAACAGACUCUCUGUCUGAGAGUUUUCAGAGUUUGUCCUUUCAUCGAGACAGACCCAACAGAGGAGAGAGGUUUGACAGACAUUCUUCAUCCAGCAGCUCAGCAAAUUUGAGCUCUCAUAAAGUUAACAACGCUCUCACUCCUGAUGUCCAGGACCAGGUUUACAGGGCUUUGGCUGCUUUGAAGCCAAGUGAGAGUAUCUCGGCAAAACUGUUAGCCAAAAAGCUGCAUCUUCCUAAAAAGUUUGUCAACCAGGCUCUGUACUCUUUGGAGCGCUCGCAGAAAGCCUCCAAGAAAGGACUCACCCCUCCUGAGUGGACUCUAUACAGAGAACCUCUCAGAUGCGAGGAAGCUCAAAACUCUAGAGUACAAAGUUCACCUUCCCAUCCAUGUGUCAGCCUCGGACACCCUCCUGAAGCAAAGGUUGAGCUAAAAACAGAAACAGCGGAAAACUUUCGACAAGCAAAAGAAGAGGACUCUGACACAGAAUCCAGUUCUUCUAACUGCUCCUCUUUAGAGUCUGACUCGGAAGAAUACCAGUCGCCAGAAAAAGGUCAGCACCAGGCGGAACAACAUCCCAGCACUACCAGCUCCCCUGAUCAGGAAUUUAACUUUCCCACAAUGGCAGAGCAGAAGGACCUAGUUCUGAAAUACCUCCUGCAAUCGCGGGAGGCAACUUCUCUUGUCAUAGCCAAAAAUUUGGGUCUUAGGACUGCCAAGCAGGUCAAUCCCACCCUCUACGCCCUGGAGAAGCAAGGCGAAGUCAUUAAAAAUGGAGAAGUCAACCCUCCUACCUGGGAGCUCUCUACCCGCCGCAGAGAGAGGAUGGAGAGAAGCAUUAAAGCUGCACAGAGCACCCCAACGGAGGGAAGUCAGAUGGAGGUAGAAACCAGUAGAGCUGAGAAGGGAGGAGGGUCCAUCUUUCUUCCAUCUACACCACUACCACCAAUACCAGGCCUCGAGCCACAGCCACCUCCAGAGGUUUGGAUGCCAGAGCAAAGUCACAGUGAAGCGGCCCAAACCUCCCUUCAGCCCCCCUCCUCUACCUCAUGUAAAGACGAAGAGACCAACGAAGGUCAGUGGGCCACUGACGACAUCCCAGAAUUCCUCAACGCCAUUCGCAGAGAGACAGAUGCUGGGAAACUGGCGGCAGAGAAGGCCAACGCUGUGGGAACUGUAGCUGUGUCGCUGGCUGCACCGCCUCCCCAGAACCUGUGGGCCAAAUUACAGGAGGUGAGGCUGAAGAACCCCGUCAGCGGCCUCAUGGAGUAUGCCCAGUAUCUGGGCCAGAACUGUGAGUUCCUGCUCCUGGACCAGUCGGGACCCUCUCACGACCCAAGAUUCCGUAUGCAGGUGAUGCUUAACGAGAGGCUUUUUCCUGUCGCAGAAGCUUCCAGUAAGAAGGUUGCAAAAAAGGACGCUGCUGCGGCCACCCUGCGCAUUCUCAUAGGAGAGAUGCAGGGAGGGGCGAGCACAGGCGACGAGGGAAAUGUUGCCAGUUUGGACCCAGUGAUUGAUCUAUUCCAAGAAACCACUGGGCCAACUGAAGGCAUAGGGGGAAUUUGUGGGACUGGUAGUGUUGAAGGGAUUGGGAUGGCGGAAGGACCUCGCCAGCCACUGUCCCGCUCUUUGCCUGGUGGGAAGAAUCCAGUGUCUGUCCUGAUGGAGUACAGCCAGCGCAGUGGGAACCCCAUCGAAUUCAUCAUCACUGGGCAGGCAGGUCCACCACAUGACCCAAGGUUCAUGUACAGGGUGAAGGUCGGAGAGAACUUGUUUUCAGAGGCCUCAGCUCCGAGCAAGAAGGCAGCCCGCCAGCUGGCAGCAGAGGAGGCCGUCAAAGAAUUAAUGGCUGACGGGAGACUACAACUCAACAAGCCUCAGUUGCCCCUAGGCUCUUCCAGUGAUAGUGAUGGCAGUGGUUCCGGGACUACAUGUCCCUCUUUGCCCCCUCUGACAGCCGAUGAGUUGCGAGCAGCGCAUGAGGCCGGUGUUGGGGACCUCAUCAACCACCUGAACAACAACGCAGUGUCUGGUCUUCUGGAGUACGCUAGAGCCCGGGGCUUUGCUGCUGAGAUCAGAUUGGUGGGCCAGUCUGGGCCACCACAUGAGCCUAAGUUCACGUACCAGGCCAAGCUGGGCGGGCGCUGGUUCCCUCCUGUGUGCGCAUCCAACAAGAAGCAGGGAAAACAGGAAGCAGCAGAUGCUGCACUAAGGGUUCUGAUUGGAGAGGCUGAGAGGGCAGCCCGCACUGGGGAGCUUAUCCCAGCUGAGCUUCCAGUGAGUGGCAGCACUUUGCAUGACCAGAUAGCAAUGUUGAGUCACCAGCGUUUCAACGCCCUGACCACACGUAUCCAGCACAGCCUUCUGGGACGCAAGAUUCUGGCCACCAUCGUCAUGAGGAGGGGGGAGGGCCUAGGGACUGUUGUCAGCCUGGGAACUGGAAAUCGCUGUGUUAAAGGGGAGGAGCUGAGCCUUAAAGGGGACACUGUUAAUGAUUGCCAUGCGGAAAUCAUCUCCAGAAGGGGAUUUGUUCGGUUUCUGUACAGUGAGCUGCUCAAGUACUAUGAUGACACAGAAGACAGUAUAUUUGAGCCAGCGGAGAACAACAAACUGCAAAUCAAAUCUGACAUCACCUUUCACCUCUACAUCAGCACGGCACCUUGUGGGGAUGGUGCUCUGUUUGACAAGUCAUGCAGUGAGUCAGGGGAUGAUGUUGAGGGCCAUCAGCCUCUGUUUGAGAAUGCUAAGCAGGGCAAGCUCCGCACCAAAGUAGAGAACGGCGAGGGCACCAUCCCAGUGGAGUCGAGUGCCAUUGUGCCCACAUGGGACGGCAUCCAGCACGGUGAGAGGCUGCGAACCAUGAGCUGCAGUGAUAAGAUCCUGCGCUGGAACGUGUUGGGUCUGCAGGGGGCGCUGCUCACCCAUUUCCUGCAUCCCAUCUACCUGAAGUCCAUCACACUUGGCUAUCUGUACAGCCACGGCCACCUGACACGUGCAGUUUGCUGUCGGCUUGCCAGAGACGGUGAGGCAUUCACCAAAAGUCUCCCUUCUCCCUUCAUGCUUAACCACCCAGAGGUGGGCAGGGUGAGUGUGUACGACUCCACACGUCACACAGGCAAGACCAAGGAGUCCAGUGUGAACUGGAGCUUUCCAGACCAGCACAGCGUGGAGGUGCUGGAUGGGACCAAAGGCAAACUUGAUGGGAACAAACUGAGUGUGUCCAGAGUGUCCAAGUCCAACCUGUUCGGUUUGUUCCACUCUAUAUGCCAGCGGUCUGGUCGUACAGACCUCCUCUCCCUGCCCUCCUACUCCCAGGCCAAGAUGUCGGCCAUGUCCUUCCAGCUAGCUAAGCAGCAGUUCUUCCGAGCGCUCUCCGUCCACGGCUACGGUGCCUGGAUCGGCAAGCCGCUGGAGGAGAAGAGCUUUGAGGCAGGGGAGGGAACUGGAAACAAUGGAGCAAGUUUCCCUAUAACAUACCCCAGCAGUAGAAACGGAGGCGCAAUGGAGUACAAGCAAGAGGAGGCGUAGAACAGAGCAGGGUGCAUUAUUAAAGGGGUAAUAUAAAUAUGUGACGGGGGGUGGGCAGAAAAGCACAAGUCAGGGGCAGAUUGAAGGAGUGGAUGUGAAGAGGGGAAAAAAAGGACAAUCAAACAAUGCGUAGCCAGCAGCCAGAACUGUAUCUUCUGAUGGAACAUGGUUAAAGGCUGCAGAGGAAGAGUGAUGGGAAAGGACAGAAUGAAUGAGAGGAAGAAGGCAAGGGCAAAGCCUGAAGGAUGAGUGGGGUCACAGAGAGCUAUGGAGAGAUCCACAGGGUGUACAGAAUAAUGUAAACACUACGUGAAAAAGGACUUAGUUUGAAAUCACCAUGUUAUACACUGCUGCAAAUCUGGGUUGUAGUAGGCUGCAAAACAAUGACUGUUUGUCAGCUUCCUUUUUAUAAUGUUUAUAACCGGGUUUGUUUCAAAUUUUAAUUUCAGUUUUUCUUUUGUCAUUGUAGCGUUUGGCAUAUGGUGCCAUUAUUUUUCCACCAUUUGAUACGUGAACUAAUUUUUUGCAGGCUCUUUGACCAUUGCAAUUGCCAUUAGGACCCAGUUGAUUUGGCCUCUUUAGACCACCUAAUUUUGCCAUGAGAGCUUGAGUAGCUGACAAGUGCUUCUUAAUUAGAAUUCAACCUAAUAUGACCCGCCAUUGUAGCAGUGCUUGUAAUUGUGAUUACAUUAAUUUAGAUUUUAAGUCCUCUGUCAUGAAGUGCUUAUUUUUUGUGCUCCCUAUGUUCUACUGCAUGGAAAUACAAGCAGCUGCUUUUAGCACAGCGAGCAGAAACAAUGGGUUGCUCUCAGCGGGAAUCAUACUUUUUUGAAAAUUGCACUCGUUAGAUGUCAUGAAUAAACUCAGCACAGUCCCAGCUUAUAUUGUACACAAGAGGCUUUCCCUGUACAUAAGAAUAUCAAUGCCAACUUUUAUUCUGAUCAGUGAGUAACCAAGCAUUCACUGUCCAAUAUCGGAGGCUGUAGCCCCUGUACAUAUUCUGAAGCCUUCAAUCAGGCCUCUUUCUGUGUAAAAUUUAAAGUUACAGUAGUCAGCUGUCCAUGCAUCCACAUGUUGCUGCUAUGGUUCCAUUAGCAUAGCAUUGGUCAGUCUGCCCCUUUGAUCAGAUCCAUCAUUUCUCUGUGCUUUUGUGCUUUUAUAUAGAAAUACUGAUGUCAUUACCUCUGAAGAGUAAAAUGUUUCUGUUCUUACGUUGUGUUAUUGUUUGUGUGCUUUUGAGUUUUUCCUUUUUUCUUCACUUUCAAUAAGUUCAUCAGUACCUGGCCAUGCUAGCAAGUCCUGGAAAGUCUCAACUGUCCUGCCUGCAUAUUGUUUUUUUUUUUUUUAACAUCUCUAUACGAGAAGGCUUUUAGGUUCUCUUGCAUGGCCAGUUCUUGAGGACUGCUAAGUGAUGACGGUUUUGUUGUCUAAGGAGAGUGUGUAGUCUGUUCUUGAGUUGGUUACGUGUAGAUGGUUGGUGCAAUAUAUACAUCAGGUAUAUACAAAUACAUGAACACACAGAUGUACAGUGGGGUCCAUAAGCCUGAGUCCAGUUCCAGAAACUUGUGUGUCGAAAGGUAACAUAAUCCAAUAACUAAUUUCUUUAUGGUUCUUGAAUAAUGUUUUUAUAUAUAUAUAUAUAUAUAUAUAUAUAUAUAUAUAUAUGCAAUAAGUAGAAGUAUUUAGAGAAAGUCAAGAUUUCUCAGUAUAUGGUCACUGCACUGCACUUGUAUUGCACAGAAAGGCUUCAGGUAUUUUGAUAGAACAUGAGAAUCCAUAUUAUCCAAGCACUCCUUAAGAGCAUGUCAGAGAUGUAUUGUCAUGUUACAUUUUAACAUGACGAAAAGCCACACUCCAUUGUCCUGCUGGAAACAAUCUUUUUUUCAAACCAUUUUAAGCUUGAAGGGAUGAUAUGCCUCUGUUGAAUGGCACCUGUCUUCAGCAGUGAGAUAUAUAUAUAUAUAUAUAUAUAUAUAUAUAUAUAUAUAUAUAUAUAUAUAUAUAUAUAUAUAUAUAUAUAUAUAUUACACUAUUGUUUAACCCUUAAUAAAGACUUAAACAAGUGAAAAGUAUUUUCUCAGCAGAAGUCCUUUAUUAAAUCACAGCACUAGCUGCCAAAGGCUUUUUAGUAUUUAUUGCAUUUCUUUAAAUAAUACAUUAUUUUUAUUGUCAGCGCUGCAUACAUUUGAAUGAAAGCAUAAAAGAAGAUUUUAUUAGUUCUAUCAUUUUUAUCAUUAAAACGUACAGUUCUUGGUAGUAGACUCAGACUUUUGGACCCCACUGUAUUCAAAAAUGGAUGUUUGAGUAAAAUGCUGUAUAUACAGUAUGUCUGUCUGUGUGUGUAUGUAUAUGUAUAGGUUUAAUGUAUAUAUUUUGUAAAUCAUCUACAAUUGCUUUUUCUAUAUUUUUUUUCCUGAUAUUUUAAUUCAACUGCAAUGGAAUCAGCUGUUUUUUUACCAAUGAUGACGUUUGGAAAGUAAAAAAAAUAAAAUAAGUAGCAUUGUUUCAGUGGA